AUGGAAGAACAGCUGAAGGCUGCUGGGAACAGGCUUCUUCAGCCUCCGGAUUCUCUUGAUAAACUCCUGCCUUUACUUGAUCAAAUUGAGGAUCUUCUCUCAAAAGUGGAGCAGUCGCCGGUGAAAUCCAUCCAAGCUGCUCUUUCCCCACUAAUGAAGGCGUUGGUUGCGGAUGAGCUUUUGAAGCAUUCAGAUGUUGAUGUAAAAGUUGCAGUUGCUUCUUGCAUAAGUGAAAUUACGAGAAUUACUGCACCAGAUGCUCCAUACGAUGAUGAGAAAAUGAAGGAUAUCUUUCAAUUGGUUGUAUCAUCUUUUGAACAUUUAUCUGACCAAUCCAGUAGAUCGUAUGCUAAGAGGACCAUGAUACUUGAAACUGUGUCCAAAGUUAGGUCCUGCGUCAUCAUGUUGGAUCUAGAAUGUGAUCAAUUGAUAACUGAGAUGUUUCAACAUUUCUUUAAAGCCAUAAGAGAUUAUCAUCCAGAGAAUAUCUUCACAUCCAUGGAGACAAUUAUGACUGUUGUAUUAGAUGAAAGUGAAGCUAUCUCUCCAGAACUGCUUACCAUCCUUUUGGCUAGUGUGAAAAGGAACAAUGAGGAGUUUCUGCCAGUUUCGACGAAAUUGGGGGAGAGAGUAUUUGAGAGAUGUUCAGUCAAGCUUAAACCUUACCUGAUACGAAGUUUAAAAUCUUCGGGGAUUUCUUUGGAUGAUUAUAGUGAGGUUGUCACUUCUGUGUGCAAAUGGACUGGUGGUCCUACCGGUCAUAAUAGUGACAGUACCUGUGUCGACCAGUCGGUGGCAAUAGAUGUUGCCGGCGGGACAAGUCUUGAAGAAGAAAAUCCCGAUGUCAAAGUAUUGCCCAAGUCAAUUUUGAGUAAUGGCGUCAACGAGACUGGUAAUGGAGUAAUUUUGACUGAUGUAGAUUUCAAAAAGGCAGGAUCUUUUGAUGCUAAAUUGACAUCCGAGACCGAGUCUGAUGAUUUGGCUGCUCAAAAACAAACGAAUUCAGAGUCUAAUCCAGAGCAAGCUGCUGAGCAAAGAGGAAAAAGACCUUGCUCUUCAAAUAAUUCAACGGAAAUUUCUGGUAUUGGUGACAACGAAAGAGGAGUGGAGCAACUGCCAGUUCACCUAGGCAGUCGGGGUAAAGAUGUGGAAACCGUUGAGGCUGAAAAACCAUUGGAUAAAGUAAAAGAGACCAGGAUUCAGCUUUCUCUGUCAAAAGCAUCUGAGAGAAAAGAUGUAAAUGUUGCAUUUCCAUCUCCAACUGGCAUUCUUCCUGACGAGAGUCGUCCAAAGAAGGCUGGUCGGCCAAAAAAGAAAGAGAUCUUGGUUAAAAACAAGAGAGUAUCUGUUGAUGCUGCAUCUAAGAAGGCAUCUGAUGGAGCAAGUGAUUCAGAAAUGAAGAAGCACAGGCGCUUUGGAAAACGAGAACCUGCUGAGAUUCCUGAGAAUCAAGUGUUGGCUGAGGAAGAUACACGUGAAGAUAGCACCACAAGUCAGUCAGAAGCAAACUCGCCAAAUCAGAUAGAUGAUAAAGUGGGUGCUAAUAAUGAAAUGAAGGCUGUAUCCUCAUCAAAGAAUGCAGAUGUCAAAAAGCGUGAGCAUGUAAAAGCUAGAGUAGAUAAAGAUAAAUUGAAAUCCUCUGCCAAAGAUGAUGCCAAAGACAUGGUUGCUUCUCUGAGCUCUCCAAAAAAAUCAACUAAUGUUGAAAACAAUCGGGAAGAAACUCCAAGAAUGAGUACCAAGAGAAAGGGUACUCCAGGCACAGACAAAGCAUCCGGGACUAGAGAGUCCGGUAAGAACUUGGUUGGUUCGAAAGUUAAAGUCUGGUGGCCCAAAGAUCGCAUGUUUUAUGAAGGUAUUAUUGAUUCUUUUGAUUCUGUCAAAAAGAUGCACAAGAUAUUGUACAAUGAUGGAGAUGAAGAGAAAUUAAAUCUCAGAAAAGAACGGUGGGAAUUUGUUGAUAAUAGUUCUGUGGUAGAUGCGGGGCAACCAGUUGAAUUUGCAAGUACUGAUACUCCCUCUGAAAUGCAAACAAAGAAAGCUAAAAUAAAUCCUGAAGCAUCAAGUAAAGAUGGAAAGAUGAAGCUUUCACAUAAAAGUAAAUUGAAAAACACGGGAACUUCAGGCCAUAAAUCUACGAAUGCUGCCAAACCUGACCCUAAGGUUGACGAUGAAACCUCAAGUUCUGGUGGUAAAUCUGAAGAUGAUACCAGUGGUAAAUCUAAAAAUCUGUCUCAGAAACUGAGUGGUAAAUCUGUUGAUGAUUCCCAAAAAGCAUCAGGCAAAUCUAAAGAUGUUGAUACAUCUAAGAUUUCUGGUCGUUCUAAGCAAGACAGACAAAAGACCCCCAAUUCUAAUGGUAAGGGCAACACAAAAUCGAGUCUGCCGAAGUCGAAAGAAACUGAUGGUAUGAAGGAAAAAGCAACCGAUUCUGGGAAAAUGUCAGAAAUCAAGAAGGGAAAAUCGCAAGAUAAAUCCAAGGCACCAGAAAGCGAUACAAAUAGUGGAAAGAAGCGUAGAAGAUCUUGA